AUGCUGCGACCACCAAUAUUACAUCAUGUGCGAAGGGCCCAUUCGGCCACGUGGAAGAAAAACCCUAAUCUGGACAAAAUAAUACGCGUGGACCACGCUGGCGAACUGGGUGCAGAUCGUAUAUACGCGGGACAGAUGGCUGUUUUGGGUAAUACGGCCGAGGGACCACUGAUACAGCACAUGUGGGACCAAGAGAAGAAGCACCGGCAGAAGUUCGAGGAACUCAUCUGCAAGUACCGCGUGAGGCCUACAGUGAUGACGCCUCUGUGGAAUGUCGCCGGAUUUGCCUUAGGCGCUGGCACUGCACUUUUGGGCAAGGAAGCCGCGAUGGCCUGCACUGUCGCGGUCGAGACCGUCAUAGUGGACCACUAUAACGACCAGCUCCGCACCCUGAUGGAGGACCCGAACGUCGACAAAGAGAUCCUGGAGACCAUCACGAAGUUCCGUGACGAGGAGCAGGAGCACCACGACACGGGAAUCGACCACGGCGCAGAACAGGCACCAUUUUAUAAAGCGCUCACUGAAGUUAUUAAAACUGGUUGCAAAGUCGCCAUAGCGAUAUCAAAGACUAUAUAG